AUGAAGUUCUUAAACAUUAUUGCAUUGUCAACCUUGGCUAUUUCAGCCUAUGUUCCAUCAGAUCCAUGGACUGACUUAACCCCAACUGCUACCUUAGCCAGUGAUUCCGGAGCAACUUCCUCUUUAGAAGGUAGUUAUGCUUUAAGUAUCAAAACUAUUAGUGUUGCAUCUGAAAGUACUGCUGCUAGUACUAUUGAAAAAAGAGAUGUUGAACAAAUCACUGAUGGUCAAGUUCAACAACAUACUGAUGCUCCUGUUGCUCAAAUCAGUGACGGUCAAAUUCAACAUCAAACCGAAGCUUCCAUCGUAAACCAAAUUUCUGAUGGUCAAGUUCAACAACAAACUGCUGCUGCUUUAGUUAACCAAAUUGGUGACGGUCAAGUUCAACAACAAACUGCUGCUGCUUUAGUUAACCAAAUCGGUGAUGGUCAAGUUCAACAACAAACUGCCACUGUUGCCAACCAAAUUGGUGACGGACAAGCCCAACAACAAACUGCUACCGUUGCAUCUCAAAUCGGUGAUGGUCAAAUUCAAGCUACUGCCGAUGCCGCUUCACAAAUUAGUGAUGGUCAAAUUCAAGCCACUUCCGCUGCUAACGAUGAUGGUGAUGCCUUCACUGCCACUUGUGUUGCUAAAGAUUCAUUAUUAUUACAAUUGAAGGACGGUAUUUUAACCGACAGUCAAGGUAGAAUUGGAUCUAUUGUCGCUAAUAGACAAUUCCAAUUUGAUGGUCCACCACCUCAAGCUGGUGCCAUCUACGCUGCUGGUUGGGCCGUUGUUCCUAUCGAUUAUGUCGAAGAUGAUACCACCAAGGAAGAAGCCGAUAACAAUGCUAAAGGUACUACCAGAAAAGUUAAGAGAGAAGCAGGCUACAAAUUAGCUUUAGGUAAACAAACUACCUUUUACCAAUGUUUAUCAGGUGAUUUCUAUAACUUAUAUGAUGAAAGUAUUGGUGGUCAAUGUUCUGAAGUCGAGUUUGUUUUAUUAAAAGCUCUUGACUGUUAG